GGGGACUGGGUGGCAGCUAGUUGGGGGUUUCGGUUUCAGUCUGCUGGGGAACGCGAAUGCGAAAGAUGUGCGCCGGGAGCGACGAUCCCACCGAUCCGUAUAAUCCAAGGGGAUACCACUGGAGAUAAAUCGCUUCGAUUGCUAGGCGCUGGCAUGUGCUGUUGGUGUGCUCGUGUCUACUGGACAGUUGUCCACAAUCUUCUGGCCCGAUUGUUAGAUGGCCUUAUCGAUUUGAGCAAAUGCCGUUGCCGCCUGAAAGCCCCCUUCUUGUGCGGCUGCUGUGCGGGCUAUCAGCGGCAGUCUAGCGGCGAAGACGAUGACGUCGCGGCCACCGAACGGGUUUCCAGCACCGAUGACGAUCCGCAGCCCCACCAGCCCCACCACGAUUACGUCAUUGUGGACGAUGCCGAUGCCAACUAUGUGGAGAUUGAGGAGCGGAAUGUAGAAACGGAGCAGUACUAUUUCACUGUGGAUCGAAACACGGCGGAGCGGAUGCUCAAUGGGCGGGAGGAUGGCUCCUGCCUGGUCCGCCCCUUCAGGGCCCCCGACGAGUGCAUCCGGUAUAUAGUCAGCAUCUGGUCGGCAGAUCAGUUCUUUCACCUUUUCGUGCGACAACUCGAUAGAAGACAACGCUAUGCCAUUGGCCAGAAGAAGCCACGAGAGCGCUACUUCAGUUCCCCGUCGGAGAUCAUUGAAUUCUACUCCGAACACCCGCUCUUGUGCACCAACAAAAUACGGACCCAGUGCGUCCAGUUACGGCCUAUUAGUUACGCUUAGAUACGGGGUAGAUAUUUAUUGGGUAAGUGACAAGGGGAGUCAGGGGAGUAUGUACAAAUAGUAUUAGCUUAAAGACGAUCCUCAAGUGGCCACCACCGCCUUGAAGGCACACUGGUUGUUCUGCAUCAGGGCGGGCCACAGGAAGGCUUUGAUCAGGUCCGAUCGCCGGUCCGCCUGCGGAUGUCGUUCAUGUUUUUCCGGCCGGAGGAAGCCUGAUUCGGUAUAAGAAAAUUUAUCAAUUAAGAUUUUUUCACCAAACAAUAAAGAUAAACCAAAUCUUACCCAGAUUAAA